AUGAGCCUAACGUGGUGUUUCUCUUUCCUUUCUUUAUUAGGGUCAAAACAAUAUACAGUGACCAAAAUCAUCUGUGGAGGAGACCAUAGUUUCUUAUUGUAUUCAAAUGAACAGAGUUUUGUCCCCCCAGAAGACUUCAGAGUGAUUAAUGUCAGUAAAUCACUCUCCCCAAUCAACUAUGAAAGAUUAAAUUCAUGGAGGUUAAAGCUGAUGUACAGCCCAGAUUCUAGUGUCACAAAUGACAUUGUAAUUCAUCUCUCCUCCACGGCUUGUUGGAACGCCAGCUUCUUGGACCAAAGUGAUGAUACCCACUUCAAAACCAACCCAAAGAUCCCAGGCAUCGACCUCAACGCUGUCAGAGUGCUGUUUGAGACGCUCAGCAAACCGGCCUUCUCUGGACUGCUGGAGCAGGCCAGCAAGAGUUUUGAGAGUCUGUUGAUCCCUCAGCUGCCACGCUCCCCUCCUGACGUCGAGGCCAUGAGGAUCUACCUCAUCUUGUCUGAGUACCCGGCACUGCUGGACUCCAAGAACUACAUCCGCCUCACUAUUCCCCUGGCAAUGGCCAUCCUCCGGCUAGACGCCAACCCCAGCAAAGUACUGGAUAACUGGUGGUGUAUUGUAGACGGCAGUGUGUUCACCAGAAUGGUCGACAUGUACAAGAGCAUCGUUGUGUUUAUGCUAACGGGAGGCAAGACGCUGCUCGUACCAGUGUUCUAUGAGAAUUAUUUUGUUGCCACGCUGAGGCUGCUGGAGAAACUCCACAAGGUAAACUUAAAGGCGGGCCAUGUGGAGUACCACCGCUUUUAUAUCCCUGACAUCACCAGCCUGGUGGACAUCCAGGAAGACUACCUCAAAUGGUUUCUGAGUAAAGCUGAGAUUAAAGUGGGAUCAUCCUCCCCUGCGCAGAGUGACUUUCCCUCAGUGAACCUAUGUGCCUACCCAUUCAUACUGAACGCUCAAGCCAAGACCACUAUGCUGCAAACAGAUGCUGAACUGCAAAUGCAGAUGGCAGUCAGUGGUGCAAACCUGCACAAUGUCUUUAUGCUGCUCACACUGGAACCCCACCUUGCUAGGAACCCUUACUUGGUGCUCCAUGUGCGCAGGAACCAUUUAGUAAGUGACACACUACGUGAGCUCACCAUGUACUCUGAUGUGGACCUCAAGAAACCGCUCAAGGUGAUCUUUGAUGGAGAGGAGGCCGUAGAUGCAGGUGGAGUAACUAAAGAGUUCUUCCUGCUGCUGUUAAAGGAGCUAUUGGAUCCUGUAUAUGGGAUGUUCACUCAUUACAAUGAGUCCAACCUGCUGUGGUUCUCAGACAAAUGUUUCGUUGAGCAGAACUGGUUUCACCUGAUUGGGAUCAUCUGCGGUCUGGCCAUCUACAACUCCACAGUGGUGGACCUCCACUUCCCUCUGGUUCUCUACAAGAAGCUGCUUGAUGUCUCACCGACACUGGAGGACUUCAAGGAGCUCUCACCCACAGAGGCCAGGAGUCUACAACAACUUCUAGACUAUGAAGGAGGCGAUGUGGAGGAGACGUUUCUCCUCAACUUUGCUAUCACGAGGGAGAACUAUGGGAUAACAGAAGUCAAGGAGCUCAUUCCUGGUGGAGAGAGCGUCAGUGUGGACAAAAACAACAGGAAGGAGUUUGUGGAGGCCUACCUGCGCUACGUGUUCUCAGACUCGGUGAGCGAGCAGUACUCGGCCUUCUCCUCCGGCUUCCUGAAGGUGUGCGGGGGGGAGAUCCUGUCGCUGUUCCAGCCCUCUGAGCUGAUGGCCAUGGUGGUCGGCAACAACGACUACAACUGGGAGGAGAUGGAGAAGGCCCUGAAUGGCCAGGCUCCUGGCUGCAUGUGUGAUUUGUUAACUCCCUACAAGCCAGACCGAUGCCUGAGAUCCUCUGGCAAGGCUCAACUAAUGGUUCCAAAGUCUCGCCUUGUCACUAAAGGACCUGGACCUGCUGUGGUAAAUGGAACUGUAUAUUCUGCUGUCUGCCAAAAAAUCCUGAAGGACAAUGUCCGGCCAUCUGUUCAUGACCUCAAGCUGAAGCGCACCUGGGUUCUGCAGCAGGACAAUAAUCCAAAACACACCAGCAAAUCCACCUCUGAAUGUCUUAAGAACAAAAUGAAGACUUUGGAGUCUGAGACUUUGGAAAGUCCUGACCUGAAUCCGAUUGAGAUGCUGUGGCAUGAAAAAAGAGGUUGA